CGGGGUCCGCGUCCUGAAAGGCGGCAGCAUGGGGCUGCCUGGCCUCUCGCACGCAGGGUUGUGGCUGAGUCGAGCCAUGAGCCGCUGCGUUUUGGAACCCCGGCCGGCGGGGAAGCGGUGGCUGGUGGCAGGCCUGGGAAACCCUGGACUGCCUGGCACGCGGCACAGCGUGGGCAUGGCAGUGCUGGGGCAUCUGGCGCGGCGGCUGGGGGUGGCGGAGAGCUGGGCACGCGACCGGCGCUGUGCCGCGGACCUCGCCCUGGCCUCACUCGGAGAUGCCCAGCUGGUCUUGCUCCAGCCACGGAGGCUCAUGAACCUCAACGGGCACAGUGUGGCCCGGGCGGCGGAGCUGUUUGGACUGACUGCUGAGGAAGUUUACCUGGUACACGAUGAGCUGGACAAGCCGCUGGGGAAAGUGGCUCUGAAGUUGGGAGGAAGCGCCAGGGGCCACAAUGGAGUCCGUUCCUGUAUGAGCUGCCUCAACUCCAGUGCAAUGCCAAGACUGCGGGUGGGCAUCGGGAGGCCGACCCAUCGGGACGCAGUGCAGGCCUACGUGCUGGGCCGCUUCUCCCCGGCUGAGCAGGAGCUGCUGCCUCCAGUGCUGGAGCGUGCUGUGGACCUGCUCCUGGACCACAUCCGCCAGCGGAGCCAGGGGUCUUCGUCGGGCCCCUGAGGCCAAUGGACUUGGCUGUUUGCUCAACUGUCAUGCCUGCACCCAUCCACCCAUCCACAGACGUGCCACGCCGGCCUGUGGAGUCUUUUAUUAUUUUUUUUAAUAUCACUCUUCUCUGGGCUGCCCCAGGCUGCCUGUGUACUAACGCGGGGACGGUGACCAGAACAGUCCUUCGCUAGGAUAGGAGGUUGAUCUUUUUUCCGUGUCCUACUUCGAAAGUAGGGAAACUUCAGGAAGACUAAGCUUUUUGAACCUUUUCUGAGGAGCAGAGGUGUGGAUCUGUAAGAAUAAAGGUGCCAGCUUAGAAGCUGAAGCCUCCGUGGGGGGGUUCCCACCCCUCCCCUGCCUGUGGAGGAGGGGCCCACAGGGUCCAGCAGGCUCCCCUCCCAGGGGAUGUGUGGGUGCGUCUGGGUCCACUGAGGCCUUGACACACCUUUCUUCAGCCCAUUUUACAGAUGGGGAAGUGGAGGCUUAAGAGAGGUCCAGCCACAUCCACAGAGCCACACAGCUGCGGUGUGGAAGAGCUGUGAUAUGCACCCAAGGGUGGCCCUCAUUCGGCUGUCCCUGGGGGGCCCUGGCACCCUCACCUCAGGGCUGCUGUACACCUGUAAGUUGCCCAUACGGGUGGUAUGUGAGAGCAGCCUGAGGUCCUCAGGGUUGGGUGGGAUGUGGAUCCGUCGAGGUACCAGACCCAGGUCCCCAGGCCGGUAGGGUACGAUGCCGGACAGCUGCUGCAGCAGAGACCCUGUCCUGAGUAGCUGGGUGCUGCUGCCCUGGCUGUGGGGAGGGGACUGGUGUCACCCCCUCCAAGUCUUAGACGAGGAAGCUGAGAUUCAGAGCAGCUCCGGGGAGCCAGGCUUCUGGCCCCGGCUCAGCCGAGAACAGCCCUUGGACGAGUCCCAUAG